UCCUGACCCGGAGAUAAUUCCUGUGUGAUAACCGGUGUUGAAGCCUCACUACCCAUCAGUGUGGCAAAUGAACGAUUUGUGCGCAUUUAUAAGCGGACGUGCAUGCCUGGGGGAGCUCACGAGAAGCAGUGUUUUAUUGGUGUCAAACAAGAGGGGAAUGAAAAAAGGGCAGAUACUCUCUUCUGGCAGCUCCGUGAGGGAACCGACACAAGCCGACGAAAAAGUACCGAGAUAACGCCGGAAAUCAGACCGUUUGGGCCUAAACGUCCAAGCGUGGCGUUUGUGACGUUGCGCGAAGAGACAGGAACCUGGUCCGCGGGACGAUGGCGUCAACGGGGGUGCUGCUGCUGGAGUUGGGUCUGUACGCCAGCUGUUUCGUCUGUGGGAUUAUCACCGCGGCCUCCAUCACCAUAGUGCAGGGUAACUUCGGAGGCCGCUGCAUGCUGUACGGACUCGUCGACUACAACGCUACCGCCGACCUUAUUGGGAUCAAGUCCUCCAGCUCCAUGUCUCUGUGCUACUUCGUGUCGGCCAUAUCCGUCAUGGUGGCGGUGGUGUGUUUCUCGGUGUCUCUGUACUGGCUCUACAUGUUCUGCAUCGACGGGGAAAUCAGAAGGGAGCGCGCGUGGAUGAACCUGAUCAUCGCCGCCAGCGGCUUCUUCCUCUUCUUCCUGCUCAUCACGGGCUGCGUGGUGAAGAUCGGACGCGACGCGCUCUGCCACUCGCUCCUGGAGAGCGUCCCCAACAUCACCAGCUGUGAUGAGGCCCAGACCAGAAAGUGGGUCAGUCCGCUUAGAGGGGGAAGGUUCUACAACAGCCUCCACAAAGCCGAGACGGCGGUGUGGGUCAACUUCUUCCUCUGGUUCAUCGUCGGCGUGCUGGUGAUCAUCCAGAGGCGUCAGGGUUCGGGGUCCAAGGUGAUCGCCGGAGGGCCGGCCGGGGGGCUGUUCGGCGAGGCGGGGGUGACGGACGCAGAGACGGAGCCGUUUUUCAACCGCCCCGCGAGGCCUCAGUGAAGGACGGACGGAUGACUCACAGAAGCAGGCGGGCACAAGUUGAUCAUGUGUGUGGGGGGGGGAGAGUUUGAGUGGAAAUAGCUUCUGAUGGUCUUAGUUUGUUUUAGGGUGUUGCGACACUUGGGUGUUAAAGGAAGUGUUGGCGCCUUGGAUGACCCCGAGCGUGCCGAGCACAAUGGAACACAGCGACCCACGGCCUUUCCCCCUGAAGGGUUUUUAUGUUCAUCCCUUUCCCACUUCCACUCACGAGGGCCUCGUUGAAUGUCUACUGGGAGCGGGUUCAUGGCAGGCGAUUUUGUAUUUUGGAGGUGAUUGUCCGCUUUUUAUUUUUUAUCCUCUGAGAAGUUUGUACAUUGUGUUUCUACCAUGUGCCGAGCAGUUUUACUCCCAUCUUUAUUCUUUAUUUAUAACAAAUUAUUUCAUUCGAUGUCGAGGCACAUUGGCAUUUCUAAUCAUUUUGUGUUUGAGCUCAGAUCAGUUUAGUUGAAACAAUGUGGGCGGGGGGAAAAAGGACCACUGCAUAUAGAAAUGGCAUCAGUAAGAUUUCUUUGUUAGUUCACCAGUAAUCAGGGGGAUUUUUCCUUUAAUGAUGACAUAAACAUGACCCCGGCCUGACUGUUACACUCAAAGGUGCUCAUCAAAUACUUCAGUCUGAUACUGUGUUUAUGAUAAAAAUGCUGAAUGUUUGGAUAUUAACGACACGGUUUGCAGUGCUACUUUUUAAACCAAUAAACCAAAGAGUUCAAACCCAAUAAAUGUGCUUUCUGUUAAUGUUGCAACGUUGAGCUGUGUCUCCCUCUGCUGCUCACUCGGACCU